AUGAAUGAAAAGCGGACUCACGAAGAGGAGAAUGUUGAGAAAAUCGAGGAAAUCGAAGCCGAUCCCAAGAAGAAUGUCUUUAUGUUUGUGCGGUGGAAAGAAGACUGGUUGCUUUUCACGUUGGGGGUGUUGUUCAUGUCCAUUGCAGCCACCAGUACUCCAUUAAACACAUGGUUGUACGGUGGCAUUAUGGGGAAACUACUGGAGUAUUUCCUCAAAAGGAUUGACUCGUACGAGCAGUUUAUCAACGAAUGCUUGUUCCUUUGCGGAAUGAUUAUGGUUGUAGGGGUGGGCAAGAUGGUCUUUGUCUUGCUCGGCGUAUACGUGUGGAUGUUGUUUGGCGAAAAGCAGCAGCAAAGAGCCAGGGCCAUGGUUUUCCGGAAGUGCCUCAAUGAAGAUGCAAAUUACUACGAUCUCAACCCGAAUAUCAUGGGCAACUUGACCCAGGUGAAUAGGUGCAUUGAAGAGGUGCGGUCAGGUACAUCAGAGGUCAUUGGAGAAACCGUGCAAACGCUUGCAUUGAUUAUCGGUCUCACAGUAAUGUCAUUCUAUCAAUCGUGGGCCAUAACUUUGAUCAUCUUGGCCUCGGCACCAGUAAUGGCAGCGGUAUCGUGGUAUUUUGGAAGACGCACUUGCAUAUGCCAACAAGACGAGAAUGAAAAAUCAUCUAUGGCGAGUAAAAUAUUGGACUGGUGCUUAAUAUCCCCCACCAGUGUCCGCGUGUUUAAUGGCAAGUACGUUGAAAUUGUCAAGUUCACCAAGUUUGUACAGCAAUCGGCCCACGCCUAUUACGGCGUGGCAAAUGCAAUUUCGGCAAACACGGGUUUUUUGAAAUUCAUCACCUUGAUGAUGUUUGUGCAAGGCUUCUGGUUUGGGAACUACUUGUUGUCGAGAAACAGCAUCUCCAUCAACCAAUUGUUUACAUGCUUUAGCUCGUGCUUGAUGCUAGGCCAGGCUGUGUCGGGGAUAAGCCAGUUAAUGGCUAUUAUGAACACGGCGCAUGCUGCUGCUGGACGAGUAUCAACUUAUUUGCAAGGGUAUGUCGACAAGGGUUUUCCACCUCGGUUGAUGUUAUUCCCGGGAACAUGUUUUGGUGGGACAACUUUUGACAACGUCAGUUUCAAAUAUCCUGCAAGAGACAAUUUAGUGUUGGAUGGUGUAACUUUUACUAUCCGCGAGGGCCAGAUGAACUAUUUGGUGGGAAGCUCGGGCUCGGGGAAAUCCACCAUGCCGUUGCUAUUAAUGAAAUUGUAUGAACCCUCCUCGGGCUCGAUCACGGUGGAUGGAUUCAACGUGAACUUGCUUGACAGUGCUUGGGUUUCUCAAAGUAUCACGUUGGUGCAGCAAGCGCCAAUGAUAUUCGACGGCACCGUUAGAGACAAUAUAGCAUUGGCUGUCGUUGACGAGUACGAUUCACUUGAUGCGGUUCCCUUGGCCCAAAUCCAAUCAGCUGCGGAAUUUGCCAUGUUGGAUGUGGACUUGAACUUGAAAGUAUCUGCUACUUCAUUAUCUGGCGGACAACAACAACGGCUUGCGAUUGCGAGAGCGAAAUUAAAAGACUCGCCCAUCUUGAUCUUGGACGAGUCGUUUAGUGCAUUGGACUCCCAGGUUAAGUUGACUUUGAUUCGGAGAGUAAACGCUUGGAGAAGAGGGAGAACGACGAUCCAGAUUACACAUGAGUACAACUACAUUGAGCCGCAUGAACAUGUCAUUUUGUUAGACAAGGGGAGAAUCGUAGGAGAGGGCCAGUUUUACAAAUUUGCUUCCGAGUCUAUUGUCACGGCUGAGCCAAGCGACAAGAGCCUGUAUGAAGACACGACAGCCCCCACGACUAAGCUGAUUUCGAGAGGCAUUUAUGAAGAAAAACAAGACGAAGAACACGAAGAACAAGAAGAAAUAGGCGCAGAGAAAUCUGAUAGAGAUGAACAAUUGAUGGGCAUCCUUGCCAUUCUUAAAUACUGCAGUCACACCAUCGAUGCCAAACUUGCAAUUGUCACAGGCAUCACACUCUCGGUCUUGGAAGGUGGCGCAUCGCCCGUGUUUUCAUACUGCUUCUCAAGGUUGCUCUCUACCACAAUGUCUGCCUCGAUUGGGCUCGAUAUGUCGCGGGAGAUUGUCAAGUGGUCAGUCGUUUCCACCAUCAUUGCCUGUUUUAUUGGCGUGACAGCGUACGUGUCGCGGUUCUUGUUGACGUAUUCCGCUGAACGAUGGGUCAUCAAAUUGAGGAAACUUGUCUUGCGGAGAAUCAAUGGGCAAGACAUGUCCUAUUUUUUCCGUGGUGACAUCAAGCCGGCAAAAGUGACAACUUUGAUGAUGAACGACACAAGAGACUUGAGGAACUUGGUUAGUUCGUUUUUGUCAAUUAUCAUCACUUUGAUCACAAUGGUCUUGGCUGGUAUUAUUUGGUCUAUCGUUUCUGGAUGGAAGCUUGCCUUGGUUGGUGUAUCGUUUGUGCCGCUCAUUUUCCUCAUCACGAGUGCAUACGGAAGAAUAUUGGAAUCGGCAGAAAACAGGUACAAGACCUCGGUGGCGACUCUUGAAUCACACCUCUAUCAAAUGGUCACUUUGAUAAAGACCAUUAAACUUUACCACAUGAACAGGUUCUUUGAGGAAGGUUUCAAAGCAAAUUUAAAAGACUUGCACCACCAGGGCAAAUACAGAGCAUUUCAAAACGGUGCUGGAAUGGCAAUCAACGAGUUGGUCACCGCGAUAGCAACGGGUGUCAUCUUGUAUUUUGGCAUGCAACUUACGGGGAAAUUUGAAUAUACCCAUGGCCAGCUCAUGAGUGUAGUGACAUUGUUAACAUUCACUUUGGCCAACGCUUCCAAUUUAAUUCACGAGUUACCCGAGAUCACAAGGGGGCAAAGGGCAGGUACCUUUAUCGUGAACUUGCUUGAAGAAACUCCAUUUUCCAAAAUUGAAAACGAUGGUGAAUUGAUUCCUCGCGCACUGCUGACCAAUGAAAUUUCAUUCAACAGCGUGUCGUUCAAAUACGACGAGUCCAAGUAUAUCCUCCGCAACGCGUCCUUUGCGAUUCAAAAGGGCCAAUUAGUUGGAUUAGUUGGGAAAUCGGGCAGUGGCAAAUCGACAGUAUCGUCACUAAUUCUACGUUUAACUGAACCCGAGUCAGGGGUGGUGCAGAUCUACGAUGAAGACAUUUCAAAAGUCAACGUAGAUUGGUUGAGAGAAACAGUGAACAUCGUGCCGCAGUUUCCCAAAUUUUUCGAAGGUUCCAUAUUGGAGAAUCUAGAAUACGGAAUCAACCCAACGAGACAAGUCGCCAUGGACGAAGUCAACGAGUACCUUGACUUGUGUGGGAUGUACGACUUUGUAGUGUCGUUACCAGAGGGGGUCCACACGCGAGUAGGCGAAGGUGCCAACACGCUACUUUCAGGGGGCCAACUACAGAGAUUAUCCAUUGUUCGAGCGCUCUUGAGACGUCCCAGGAUCUUGAUUUUCGACGAAUGCACGUCGAAUCUUGACCCUAAAAACACGAAAUUGAUCAUGGACUUGAUCAUGAAUUUGAAGCAUCGGUACACUAUAAUCUGUAUAACCCAUGACGAGCAGAUGAUGAGCUGCAUGGAGAGGCUCUUUAUAUUGGAAAAUGGUUCAAUUCUCGAAAGUCGAGACAGUCUAUAA